CAGAGAUUGACAGAAAAUUAGACAAAGAGAACCUCAAUGCAGAGAGAGACUCCAAUCACCACAUGCUGAGUGUGUAAGUAUAGAGUAAGUCAUAUGAUAGAGUUGUUUUGUGUGUGUUGCUCUUUUUGUGUCGUUGAGUAUUGCUGUCUUUUGCUAUUCGUGUUGCUGUAGAUAAUGGUCUGGUCGUGUUCAUACCUGUCCAAAGCAGCGAGACUUGAGUAAAGACCUUUCAGUUGGUUGUAGUGACAAGGUAAUUUGUUCUCUCAGCCGUCUGAGGAUUUUAAACGUUUGAAGAUCAGAUUUACAGUGAAAGAUGCAGUUUUGUGCAGUUUGAAUACACCUGGCUAAAGUCUAUCCCUUUUGGAAGAGCAGGAUGUCUCUAACAGAAACACCUCCACCUGUAGCAGUCAGUGACGGCGUCAUGUUGCAUCUCAGAUAAAAUGUUUUUAUAGGAGACAAAAAUGCAGACACACCUUUAUUUCUUCAAACUCAAAGUGUCUGGAUUUUCAAAAAGACUUUUGUAAUGGAUGUGUUUAGUCUGUUCAUUUAAAGUUGCUGUUUAAAGUUGAUCCACAAACUUCACUUCACUGGUUAGAGGAGAUGUUUUUGUAGAUUUUGUUCUGAGGUGUGAGGAGGAAGGACGACUGAGUCAUUUCAUUGACUAUGGUGUGAUCUCUAAAUGACUGCAGCUCAGGGGGUUUCCGACUCGAAAGAUGAUCUAACUAACUAACUAACUAACUAACUAACUCGCUCACUCACUCACUAACAUUGUCACUUGCCCACUCACUUGCUAACUUACUCACUUACUAACCAGCCCACUCACUCAUUCACUCUCUAAACUUUCUUCCUCGUUUCCUCAGGUCAGCUCUGAUUGGAGGGUGACCCCGAUUACAGCUGGGUUGAACUCAGACCCUCAGCUUUCUCCUGACUCUGAUGGGGCUUUUUUUAACCGGCAAAUUGUCAGCCACCAUUUGACACUGCGUAAGUAGUCAUGAGUUUGAAACCACAACAGAGUCAGGAAGCACCAACUGACAAAUAGAGCAAAACCCCCUGUGAGACGUCAACCCUGAUUCCUGUGACAGAGUUACCUUCUUCCUUUUUUCGUAGCUGUCAAGUGAUUCAAAACACAGCCGUUACCACGGAGACGACACCCAGUCUAAGUAAGGGAACGAGGAGGACUCCCCGCAGUCCUGAGGAGACAGACUGGAUCAUCACCAAGAUGGACCAGCAGCAGCAGCACGCCAAAAUGGAGCGCUUCUUGAAGCUGGGCUACAGUCAGAGUGACAUCCUGCGGGUCCUGGAGAGCCUUCGCCACGAUGCCCAGACCAACGACAUCCUGGAAGAGCUGAUCAAGACCUGCCACACCCGAUCCUCCAGCAACAGGAGCACCCCGGGCAGUCCCAGGUUGGUUUCCAGAGGCUGCAGCCCGGGGCCCAGACCAGGACCAGGACCAGGACCAGCUCCAGCGCCAGCACCAGGACCAGACAGAGAGCCGGCAGCUGGAUUUAGACCUGUGGUUAUAGACGGGAGCAACGUGGCCAUGAGGUGAGUCAAUCCUUCAUCAUCAGGCUUCAGUUCAGAGUUUUGAUUUUACAAGUCUGAGUCAGAGUGAAGUCUGACAGUCUGAGGGUUUGAUCAACUUUAAGCAACAAAAUAAAAAGUUUUUUUCAUGCAGAACUGUUUGAAUUUGAACAGUAAAUUAUGAUAUUAUUAACAGUUUCUCUAUUUGUGUGUUUGUGUUGAGAUAUCAGACAGUGAAUGUUGGUUCAGUGGGGCUGAAUGUGUGUUUCUUUGUUUCUCUGUUUGAGUUAAGACACUAAAGUCAGCGGCUGUUUUUCUGUGAGGGUGAUUGUGGUCUGGUUUAAGGAAGGCAGAUUUAAGGAAGUGAAAACAUGACAUGAUUCUGCCUGCUUCUCUUUUUCGUAAUAAACUCCACACCUGCAAGUUAGUCACACCUCACUUUCUGUUUUUUUUUGUCAUGUCACACUGUGUGGGUGACACUGCUGAGACCACGUGUAACUGCACACCGAGCUUUUUCCAGGUGUGAUCUCACCUGCACUCAGCCGAGGGUUAUGAGGAAGUUAUGAGUCACUGACCUGACGCCGAGGUGGAUCAGCCUCAGUAAAUUCAAAGUGUUUGAACAAAAGAGAAGUGUUGGUACAAUAAAGAUACCUGUUAGGACAUGAAAGCUUAAGCGGACGCCACUUUUCCUGUCACACCUUUACCAACAGGUGAGACAGGGUAGCUGUAACCAGCCUCAGGUGUGUCUCGGCUGAACCAGGAAGAUCUUAUCAGGCUCUGAAUGUUUCAAUAUGAGUCCUGCACAGUUAAGCAUCCUGAUCUGCUCUCAGAUAACAGACCAACACCUGUCAUCUCUUAACUGUCCUCUUUCAUCUGUCUUCUUUUCACCUGUCUUCUUUUUAUCUGUCCUCUCAUCUGUCCUCUCUUACCUGUCUUCUUUUUAUCUGUCUUCUCUCAUCUGUCCUCUCUUACCUGUCUUCUAUAUCACAAUCAGAAUACUUAAUUUACCCUGGGGGAGGUAACUGUCUGCUCCCAUCUGUUUGAUCAUGCAGCUAAGUACUACAGUACAAAAGCUGACAAGUUCCCUACAGCAGGUGUGCAUGUGACCAGAGUACAAAUGUGAAUGUGAAAAUGUUACCCCGUGUUGUUGCGUGUAAGUGUUGCGUUGUUGUUUUGUGUCACAGUAUUACAUUGUUUUGUUGUGUUACAGUGUUUCAUGUUGGUGCUACACUGUAUUUUUUUUUGUUACAUCCUUACAUUUUAGUGUGUGUAAGUGAAAAAUUGUGGUGUUAUCAAUGACUUUUUAUUGUGUUGAGCAAGUGCAGUGUUACAUUGUUGUGUUGUGAUGUCAUGUUACAUUGGUAUGUCACAGUGUUAUGCUAUAUUACAGUAUAACAUUGUAAUCUUUUUUUAUGGAGUUGUGUCUUAAUGUUACAAUGUGGUUCUGUGAUACAGUGUUAUGCUGUGUUCGAGUUACCUCGGAAGUCAGAUGUCGGAACUGAAAAUGACGUCACACGCUUAGCGUUUACCUUGUCUGAAUAUAACAAGGACAAGGCAAGUGCUAAAAUAACUUUCCUAGAUGUAGCCAUCUUGUUUCCACCUCCGAUUUUGCUUUCUUCCGACUUCACUGAUAACUCAGGUGUAACAUAAUUUUCAGCUCCGACAUCUGACUUCCGAGGUAACUCAAACGCACCAUUACAUUGUCAUAUUGUGUAACAGUGUCACAUGGAGGUGUUACCUGCUGCUAGUUUUCAACACCUGUCCCUAGUUUAGCCUUGGGUAACUAAAAAACAAAAAGUAAAGAAUAAUUUUACAUAAAAUAACAUCCAUGCAAAUAACAAUGUUUCGAAAAGGAAGGAAAGAAGACCAAACAAUGAAUAUUUACAUCGAAGUUAUACAAAAUUAAAUCACAGUAACAGAAAUACUCACCUCUUUGAUUGUCAUUUAGCCAACCUUUAAUACCUUUCAAAAAAAAAAUCUCACAAUUAAAGGACAUUUUAUGAAAAAAAAAGACUGUCUAAAAGAGGUCUUUUGAUGUUCUAUUUCCACAUUGUCACUGUGUGUCAUUGUGUCAGCUGUGCCCCUGUUGUUCCUGAUACUAAUUUGCGACCAACUUGCACAAAACUACCAGUGCUAAAUUUUGCAGACAUUAAGAAACGUUUUCAGGUAUACAAAUAAAAUAAAAAACUAUCAAAAUUGAGCAAAUAGUACUGCAUAGGCAUGCGACUUCUAGUUUUUUGGUCAUUAUUUCAAAAGCCUGGUUAUCCAAAGAUGCAACAGACCUAAUCAUAGCAAUGCUGUGUUACAUUGUUGGGACACAGUAUGAUGUUCUGUGGUUGUGUAACAAUAGAGAUAUAUAAUGAUCCAGGACACACACCAACAAACAGCACAGGCUGUCUGAAGGUUCGUCCUGAGUCUGUCGCAUGUCAAACUCUGUUUUUAAACCUGGUAUAUGCAAAGUCUUUCUUUACUUCCUGCUGACAGCAAUAUGGGAAAUCCCCGUGGGCGUGCACUUGCACUUGCACUUGCAUGGCAGAAUGAUGUAGUAAGUCGAAAAUAGACUGAGAUGAGUCUGUCCAGGGCUUGGGGUUAGGUAGGUAGGAGGGUAGGGAUAGGUACGUAGGCCAGGAAGGUAGGAAAUUAGGUCAUUGGGUAGAAAGGGUGUUGGUAGGUAGAGCAGCAGGACAGUUUCUUCCUCAAACAGUAAUAUAAAACAUCUGCAUUACUGUAAAUGCUUUGUGCACGGAAACAGGAAUGAAGAAGUGAAUCUCUCGUUGUCUCUUUUUUUCUGUGUCUCUGUAGUCAUGGCGAUAAGAAGGUGUUUUCAUGCCGGGGCCUUCAGCUGGUGGUGAGCUGGUUCUGGAGCAAAGGUCUGCGGGACAUCACAGUGUUUGUCCCACUGUGGAGGAAGGAGCAACCCCGUCCUGAGACCCCCAUCACAGGUAGGCUCACCUGACAGAGUUGCAGAGGCUCUGCAGCCAUCCCAGUGAAAUUUAACAUCAGUUGAAAGUCAAUAAACACAACCUGUUCCAUUUGCAACCAGACAGGUGUAACUCCAACCACACACCUCACGUUACAGUGAUGUCACUGUAAAGGCAGGAGCAGGUUUUGCUGGACAAACAGUCAAGUAAACCUGACAGGGGUUGUGUUGCUUAAUAGCUUCUGGUAGAUUUUAAAGUAGGACAAACAAAACAGGUGUUUUAUGAAAACUUUCCAUGAACAAAUAAGAAAUCAAACUGGUUUAAAGAGGAACUGGGAUUCAGACUUAUUUAGGAAACAAUCAUGAAUCUGUGUCAUUAAUGGAUGAGUCAGAUAUUAGACAUGUUCAUGGACAAAUAAAAGCACAUAAUGAAUAAAAAAAUCAGAAAUCAAUCAGAAUAAAGACUCAUUAAUGGAUUUAUUCUAUAUCAGACAAAUCAAAAGAUGAAUUAAAGUUCAGACUUAUACAAGGAUAAAUUCAAAAUCAGACUUAUGGAUGGAAUAAUAAGGAAUCUGACUUAAUAAUGGAUAAAUAUAAGUAUUAAAAUGUAUAAAUGACGGAUUAGACUUACAAAUAGAUGAACCAGAAAUCAGACUAUAUAACAGAUCUAUCGAAAAUCAGACAUUUAAACUAUUAAAACUGGAAUAAUACUUACAUAUAGAACAAUUGGGAAUCAGGCUUAUCAAUCAGAAAUCAGAACAUUUAAUGAAACAGUGGCGUUAUGGAUAAGGGUCAAUGAUUUCAGCUGGUAAAUCCUUUCUCCGUCUGUCAGGCUGGUCAUUCAUUUAUCGGGUCUUCAUCAGGUUUUUAUCAAAUAGAUUUCAUCACUUUUUACUAAAACACACAUUUCAGAUUGUUAUUUUUUUAUGUUUAAAAGAGGAGUUGAAACACCAGCAUGUGUUGCUGCUGGAUUCAGUUUAAAACACUUCCUUUUCUUAUAAUAACAAUCCAAGUUUACAGGAAGCAGAUCAGAUAGAUCAGCCUCACAGAUUUCUACCUGCUGUGAAUCUCAAAAGUCUCAGUAGAUGAGACUGUUCCCUUUGUGUCCAAUCUGCCACAUACCUCUUGACGGCUAGAGACUAAAUUCUUGAAAUUCAUCUGUCUCUAAAAAUAGACAGGUGAAUUAAUCACCCACAUACUUUCAUGACAGAACAUUAAUAAACCUGAACAUCCUCAUUAUGUCUCACAGAUCAACACAUCCUUCAUGAACUGGAGAGGAGGAAGAUCCUUGUCUACACGCCAUCACGCUUCGUCAAUGGGAAGAGGGUGGUGUGCUACGACGACCGCUACAUCAUAAAGCUGGCCUUCGACUCUGACGGGAUCAUCGUGUCCAACGACAACUAUCGAGACCUGCAGAUGGAAAACCCGCAGUGGAAAAAGUUCAUCGAGGAGAGGCUGCUGAUGUACACCUUUGCUAAUGACAAGUGAGGACGCUGGAAUAAGAGGCUAACUGUUGGCUCAUCUCCUGCAGGCUUCAGUAGGUUACUGUAGACAGACUACCUGCUGGCAUCAGUAGAUAACUGUUGUUAUGAAAAUUGGAGCAACUUAAAAUUGCAUGAGAUUAAUAUUGUUAUUAAUCUAAACAUUAUGAGUGUUAAAUAGGGGCACCACCAACCAUAAAAGAGGGAAAAUUGGAAUUUAAAGAUAAAAUCAAUCACAUAUCUUCAGCUGAAGAAAACACUAUCAGGCAAGAACUAAAUUAUACAUUUAUCACAGGGUAAAUAAUAACACAACAAAAAAGGAAUAAAUCACAUGAUUCUAAUGAUGAGUAAUGAUUGACAAAUAAAUGGUUUUGGGUUAGACUAUGACUAUAUGAUAGUGAGUAAAUAUGCUAUUAUAUGUUAAUUCAUGUUAACCAUGGUGUAAAGGUGUACAUUGUAACAAAAAUCAUUGUACAUGAUGAAUUAAGAUGAAUUUGGAGUUGAAUUUAGGAUUAAUCCAAGUAGUCAACCUUCAACCUUCGAUUUAAAAUAAAGUAAAUGUCUCUUAGGGGUGUAAAUUUCACCACAAGGUUGUCUUCAAUACUCUUCAGAGAGAUAACCUGCAGGCAUCUGUAGGUCAUUGUAGACUGAUAACCUGCAGGUGUGUUUACCGUGAGUGUAGAGAGCAGAUGCUUGUACAGGUUGAUCAGUAAGAAUCACUUUUAACCAUGACUCCUGAUCUCUGUCUGUGUCUGCAGGUUCAUGCCUCCAGAUGACCCACUGGGCAGAAACGGUCCAACUAUUGAUGAUUUCCUGAGAAAGAGGCCGUGGACUCUGGACAGCAGGCUGCAGCACUGUCCUUAUGGUGGGUUGGUUUACAGCUCAGUGUCUGCCACAUAGAGUGAUCAGAUUUAGCUGUUUACUGAGGAAUUAAAACUGCAAACACCAACAGGACUGAGUCUGAGGAGUUGGUGGGAGUGUGUGAUUUUUCAUGUAAUGUAUGAAGAUGUUAUUCGGUGAUACCCUCUGGUUGUAGUUGAUCCCCACCAGGAGUCUUUACUUAAGACCUUCUUUCUGUUUACAGGGAAGAAGUGCACCUAUGGAGUUAAAUGCAAGUUCUAUCAUCCUGAACGUGCCAACCAAUCACAGCUCUCCGUGGCUGACGAGCUGAGAGAGCAAAGAGACAAAGCCAGAGUGAAUCUGCAGAAGUCCAUUUGCUGCCCUGAUGGGACCCAUCCCGUGAACAUGGAGGACCCCACCCACUGGGCUUCACCCAGCACACCGCUCACCUACCACAGAGACUCCAGCAGUCCCCGAAUGAGCCACCUCCUCAGCCCCAGUCCAGAUCCUGAUGAGGCCUUUGGCUCCAUGGAAAGCUCCAUAUCAGGGCCCUACAUCCAGAAUGAGGCCUACAGCUACAGCAGUGGGAUGGCGAGCUACAGCCUGGGCCAUGAGGACUACCUCUCCUCAGGCUCCAUCAGUGGAAGCCAACCCCAUGAGAGCAGCUCAGUGCCCUGCAGCCAGUUCACCUGUGCUCAUCAACAGCCCAGACGGCACUCCCCCCAGCAGCACCAGAACCACCAUCAACCCCAGAAUCACCAGCAGCACCAGUGCCUCCACCAGCAUCCGUACCUCUACCAGAACCAGCACAAGUACCUCCACCAGCACCGCCAGCACCACCUCCACCCAGCAUGGAGCUCCUGCCCUACUCUGCCUCCUCAUGAUCCUGAGCAGCACUCAGCUUGUUCCGCAGAGACGCCCCCUAUGAGACUGUCCUCUAACAGACAAAGCCACAGCUUACACAGAGACCCUAUUCCUCAGGAUAGCAGCAGGAGCAGGACCAGGUCCAGCCAGCAGAGAACUGGCCUGAGGAGUCAGCUGAGCACUCUGUUUCCCCAGCACAUGGUGGAGCAUGUCAUGGACACUUACCCACAUGUUUCAGACCUGUCUGAACUGAUCAGACUCAUCCAAAGCUACCGGAGCAGUCUGGUCUCCCACUGGACCCAAGAGACUAGUUCAGACCUACACUGAGUCCAAUAUCCAGCCUAGUUCUCCACAAUGAACCAAAGUGAAGGGACACUUUUAAAAAAUGAAUGUUUAGUUUUUUCUUAGAUUUAAAGUGUGGAGAAACAGAUCCACUUUAUUUCUAAGGGCAUUAAAGAGCAAAAGUCUAUUAAAGUUGACUCAGUGGACUGAAUGUAGACCCGUUUUUAAGUGCAAUGCACUACCUAUACAUAUAAUCAUAUGUAUAUUUACAAACAUAAAUACAUAGCUACCUUGUGUAGCUCUAAUAUAUCUUUAAAUAAAGCAGCAUGUGUUGUUUUCUUAUGUUUCCUCAAAGUGAGGAAUUCGAUCACACCAGCCUGAGUCUGUGAAGAUAGUCUGACCUCUUAAGGUGUUUAAAAGUAGGUUAUUACUGUAAAACCUGCCUUUAAAAUAUACUGUGAUCCAUAAAUGUACUGUGAAACAAACUAUUAAAGAGCUUUACUGCCUGAAACUUC